GCAGCUCUCAGUCAGUAGAAGAUUCUUUCAGAACUUCAGCACAGAAAUGUUCGAAGUGUUGAUAUGGAUCUUGAUCUGCUUCUUCCUACCCGUGACCAUACUGUUCUUCUGCUGCGCGUGCUGUGCGGGUCAAAGAUAUCAGGUUCCUGUCAUCUAUUACACAAAUCUCAUCAUCUCCAUUCUGAUCUAUCACUGCAUGACGUUCUUUUGGUGGGAGAUACUGCAUGGCAUCGUUGAGCGUUUCUUUUACUAUUUUGCUGUGACGGCCAGUCUUUACUUCAAAUCCUGCAUUGCUCUGGAAAGGUAUUGUUUCAUCGCCUGCCCACUGUUGGACUGCCUCAGGCAAACUAAGGGGUCUGUACUGGUCUGUGUUCUGGUCUGGGUCCUUUGUAUUGUUAGUGUUGGUCUUGCUGUAUUUUUAUAUGAAUUUGUACGUUUAAUUAUUUAUGCCGCCCUCCCUGCCCCCCUGUUCAUCUUCUGUCUCGCUGGGACACUUAAAGCUCUGCCUGCUGCCACCUCAGUGCCCACUGAAGAAAAACGAAGGAUUGUAGGAACCUUGGUUCUGUUGCUGCUUAAUUACUUUCUGAUAAACCUUCCUGCAAUCAUUCUGUUAACUUUGAACUUAUAUCCACGCUUCCCUGAAACACUUGUUGAUUUUAUCAUUAUAAUCUUAUCUCUGUUUAGUUCAUUGUUGGACUUCAUUCUGUUUGCCUUCAUGCGUAAAGGGCCCAUUGACAGACUGCUGGCACGUCUGUGCUGCUGCAGUAUGGAGAGCAACAACACAGGAGAUGUGACUGAUGUUAGCACAGACAGGUCAGAUCAUGUAGUCAGAGAUGAAGGGAAAGAGGAAACAGGGUCACAUGAUGGGAGAGAUGGUGAGGAAGUAGAAAGUGUGAGAUAAGUAAACACCAUCGUUUCCAAAUAUUUUUAGCUGUCCCCUCAGACUGUCAAUCACCUAAAAUCCUGUUCUUUGCACCUACUGGGAGUAACAGGAAACGUUGUUUUGUUGAGUAGUUGAAUGUUGGAAAUGAAAAUGUACAAAUUACUUCAUAAUUUCUUCUAAAUGGCAGCAUGAUGGUGCAGUGAUUAGCUCUGUCACCUCACAGCAGGAAGUAUGGGGCCUUUUAUUUUUUCCUGUCCUGUCCGAAAGUGUAGCAAUCAGAAUUUUAAUCAGAUGUAAAACAGAUUGUGCUAUCUACUGUACAAUAUAAAGCGCCUUGAGGCGACUUUUGUUGUGAUUUGGCGCUAUAUAAAUAAAAUUGAAUUGAAUUGAAUUGAAAUGUAAAUCUCCACUGUUCACGAGUGGAGUAUUAUGGUCUUUGCUAUAGUGGUCGACUCGAUAAUCAAAUUUUAUUAAAACUUUAUUAGGAUAUUUUAUUUUGGGUUAUUACAACCACAGAGGACAAGGGACCGAAAAGAAAAAAACAAAGUAUUGAUUGUGAGAAAGUUAACAGAAGGACAGAGGGAGAAAAAAGACUUUAAAAAAAAGAAGGAAAAAGCAGAGAGACCACAGCAUGAUCUCCAUGAGUCUGUAUCGGUACUUUGACUUUCUCCUGCAGAACAAAACAUGCAGUUCGAUAUAUUUGUGAUGCUAAACUGCCUGCAGAAUGUCAUGUGACAGCUGGGAUAAGCGCCAGUCAACAACACCAAGAAGAGAUGGAAUUUCAUAUAAAGACAUCUUAAACUCAAAUAUUAAUCAUCUAAAGAGCUCUUGCAACAUUUGUAUUUUGUAUGAUUGCAGUCAUUUAUUUAUAUAAAUAUCAUGUUUAGUUUUUGUUUUAUCUUUUACAUUUUUUUAAAGGACACUUUAAGUGUCGCAUAACAGUCACAGUAACAUUUGAAUUUCCUCUGAUCCAGUCAGUUAUGGGUGUAAUGUAUUAUUAAUAAUAUUCUUGUUAAAUGUUGACAUGGUUGUGCUUAGGUUGUGGUUUUUAAAGGUUCAAAAAAGUUUUUAGUCUUUUGUAAGUUGGUUAAACUUCUUUGAAGCUGAAUUGGUCAAAUAAUAAAAUAUCAUGAAAAAAAUUAGUUUUUUAUCUUUUUUA